UGUGCAAGGUCGUCAUUUCCCAUCAGCUAGUCGUGCCCUGCCAGACAUGGCAGUUCUGCUCACUUUUGCACUGGUGAUUACCGUGGCGUCGGUCUGCCAAGCUGCUCCGGUCUCAGAUCCCACGUUCGGAAGGAUUCCGCAAAUAGAUUUCAACCGGCAGAGUCAGUUUGCUCUGAAUUGGCCUGGAUUGAGAAUAAAUGGACAACAUCAUUUUGACAUUCAAUCCGGCUAUCCGGCUGUCCCACUGAUUGUUCCAUUCCAGCCGCAGCGCUGGACUCAACCGAUCCGUCCUUUACUUCGCAUCCGCCCGUCACAGCCACUUUGCGUGCCCUGUUUUGGCACUCAAACAUUCAACUUUUCCGGUUUCUUUCCAUCGCUAUUGAACGCCAGCAGCAACAACUCAUUGUCAUCAUCAUUUCUCCCAAACAUCAACCCCAUGUUCUAUAUGUGGCCAGGCUUGUUCCAGCCACGAAUCACGCCCGUUUGCUGUCCCAGUCCGACUACUGCCAAACCGACAACAACAACUGCACUGCCAACCACAACCCGUGCAACAACUGCACUGCCAACAACAACCCGUGCAACAACUACACUGCCAACAACACCAAGUGCAACAACUACACUGCCAACAACACCAAGUACAACAACUACACUGCCAACAACAACAAGUACAACAAUAACUACAGUGCCAACAACAACUCAAUCACCUGUUCGUGUUUUGACACGGAUCGGACCGAAUCCACUGAUCUGCUUGCCGUGCAAUGCCCAAACUGGCCCGUUUCCUUCAUUUCCUUUCGAUCCUUUGGUCAACAUUUGGAGAGAGAUUUGCUGCCCCACGACCACAGUAAGGCCACCGUCGACAGAAACUGCCCCGACGUCAACAACAACAAGUGGCUCAACUUCAUCGACGAGAACUACGAAACCGCUAGGACCGUGCAAGGGCUCACCGGAAGAUGAAGAGGAUCCGCGCUGUUUCGAUUUCGGGGCCCGUCAGUUCACACUUUCAACUAUCCUGCCUACAGCUGCUCCGACAACAACUUCCACCCUGCCAACAACUAUAAGUACGCUGCCUACUACAACAUCCAAACCAACUACUACAACACUGAAGCCAUCAACAAUCACGUCCAAGCCAACUACAACUUCCACCCUGCCAACAACUACAAGUGCCAAACCAACUACUACAACAACAACAGCCAAGCCAACUACAACUUCCACCCUGCCAACAACUACAAGUGCCAAACCAACUACUACAACAACAACAGCCAAGCCAACUACAACUUCCACCCUGCCAACAACUACAAGUGCCAAACCAACUACUACAACAACAACAGCCAAGCCAACUACAACUUCCACCCUGCCAACAACUACAAGUGCCAAACCAACAACAACAACAACAACAGCCAAGCCAACUACAACUUCCACCCUGCCAACAACUACAAGUGCAAAACCAACUACUACAACAACAACAGCCAAGCCAACAACAACUUCCACCCUGCCAACGACUACAAGUGCCAAACCAACAACAACAGCCAAGCCAACUACAACUUCCACCCUGCCAACGACUACAAGUGCCAAACCAACAACAACAACAGCCAAGCCAACAACGACCACUACCAAGCCAACUACAACUUCCACCCUGCCAACAACCACAACAAGCAAAGCAACUACAACAGUGCAACCGAUAACAACUGCCAAGCCAACUUCUACGACAUUCACGCCAAUAACAACUUCCACAACAACAGCUAAACCGACGACGACAACAGCUAAACCAACGGCAACAGCCAAGCCAACGACUACGGCAACGCAAUCAACAACCACUACCCCCAGAUCAUCAACAACUUUCACACUGCUGCCCACUCCUUCUACUGUCCAAACGACCACAGCUAUUUCGGCUACAACUACUACACCUACCCCAACAACUUCAUCAACUAUAACUUCCACUCUGCCACCCACUACCCCAAGUGCCCAAUCAACAACCACGGCUACUCCAGGCACAACAACAACUUUCACUCUGCCAACCCCAACUGAAACUGCCCAAACUACUACCACGACCAUUCCCGAAACAACAACGAUUGUUCCUGAAACAACCACGACUGCAACCGACCCAACAACUUCCACCCUGCCACCCAUCACUUCAACUGUCGAAACAACAACGACUGCCAUUCCGGCAACAACAACGACGGAGCCUAACUUUUCAACCGAAGUCAGCGGCCUGAUUCCAACUGAAACUAUUCCAACAACAACAGAAGCCAUUUCUGUCAUUUUAAAAGCUGCUGAACGCAAACUAAAAUCAUCCUUUGAAAACGACUACUUCUACGACACCGAAGAUCGUCGCUAAAAUUGCAUUUAAUUCCAAAGCAAUUAAUUCUU